GACAACUGGAUUGUAAUAUGUGUUUUUAAAUUUAAUUCUUUUCAAAUCAAUAAAGAUAAAAAAUGGAAUACUUUAAAAGCGGAUUAAAAUCCGUAUUGGGAGGCCCACCCCCAGGCACUAAUCCGACAGGAGCUGAAACGAUUGAGAAACUGAUUUCACGUGUGAGUACCAGCACUCUUCUAGAGGAUCGCAGAGAUGCCUGCAGAGCCCUACGCGCAUUAUCAAAGAAAUACAGAAUAGAAGUGGGGGCCCAAGGCAUAGAUGUAUUAAAGCAGGUGUUAGAAUUGGACAAAACCGAUCCGGAAAUCUUGAGUUAUUGUUUAGAUACCCUGUGUAACAUCACGUCUAAAGAAGUGUUUGAAGAGGAAAUGGAAAGCGAUAUUAAUAUAAAUGUUAAUAUUGGCGAACAGUUUUCAGAAAUGUUCUUGAAGAAUCCAGACAACUUGCCAAUAAUCUUAAGUUAUCUGGAAGAAUACGAUUUUAGAGUUCGAUGGCCAGCAGUAAAAUUCUUAAUUUCCCUAACAACAUGUAGACCUAAAGAAGUACAAGACAUUAUUCUGGUUAGCCCUAUGGGCAUGUCUAAGUUAAUGGAUUUGUUGGCCGAAAACCGAGAAGUGAUUCGAAAUGAUGCCGUGCUGUUGUUGAUACAUUUAACUAAAUCUAAUGCGAAUAUUCAAAAGAUCGUUGCCUUUGAAAAUGCUUUUGACAAGCUGCUAACUAUUAUAAGUGAAGAAGGAUAUACCGAUGGAGGCAUUGUUGUAGAGGAUUGUUUGCUGUUAAUGUUAAACCUUCUGCAUAAUAACACUAGCAAUAUAAAUUUCUUCCAAGAAGGCUCGUACAUUCAAAAAUUGGCACCAAUGUUAAUAUUGCCGGAUAAUCUGGAGGAGAUUGGAUGGAGCCCUCAGAAAGUUUCAAACUUUCACUGUGUACUUCAUUUGCUCAGAACUUUGGUAUCCCCAAAUAAUCCUGCCCAGAUAAUUACAAGUUGCCAAAAAACCUUACGGAAUGCGAAUCUGUUGGAGUCGCUUUGCAAUAUUCUCAUGGCUACCGGAGUGCCUGCAGAUAUUCUGACUGAAACCAUAAAUUCAGUGGGCGAAGUAAUUAGGGGCAAUUUAACCAAUCAAGAGUAUUUUGCCAAUGUUCUGGCACCUUCAAGCCCCCCUAGGCCGGCACUGGUUAUUCUAAUUAUGUCAAUGGUUAAUGAAAAACAACCUUUUACUUUAAGAUGUGCCGUAUUAUACUGUUUUGAAUGUUUCCUAUAUAAAAAUGAAAUAGGACAAGAACUAGUUGUGCAGACGCUUUUGCCUAGUUCAUCCGGAAAUACUGCACUUACCACAGGUCAAUUAUUGUGCAGCGGUCUUUUUAGUAGUGAUUCUUUGAGUAAUUGGUUUUCCGCCGUUGGACUAUCUCAUUGUCUUAUUGAGAAUCCGGCUCAAAAAGAGCAAUUGCUGCGUGUAUUAUUAGCCACAAAUCUAGGGGCUCAACCUGUUACCCUACUAAGUCAAUGUGGAGUUUUUUUACAACAUACCAGUAAAUUGCAGGCCAAACUUGGUAUAUUAAUGCUGGUUUCCAUGUGGUUGGCCCACUGUCCGGCAGCGGUGAAAAUCUUUGUAAAUGUACCGGGCGUGAUGGCGUUUUUAACAGCACAAACUUCUGCCAGUGAAUUUGACAAUAAUGCAGAAUUACUGCAAGGUUUAUGUGCCUUUAUUAUGGGCCUUUGUGUACUUUUCAACGACAAUUCUGUUCAAAAUUAUUCCAAAGAAAACUUGUCUCAGUUAAUUGAGAAACGAGUAGGAUUGGAAACAUAUUGUAAGAAGUUGAAUGAAAUUUCUCGGCACGAGCUAUACGCUAAAGCUGCAAAGCAGCCCCAAAUUAAAGCUAAACAUUCCAGUGAAUUACUUUUAGAAUUCGAAUUUUGUAAACUAUUUAAAGCUAUGGAAGGGUUGAUUAUUCAGGCAUUAGGAGUGCAGCGCGAUCUUUCUAAUGGUCUUUCCGAGUUAAGUCUGAGCGAUCACGAGAAUGCCUUGCUAUUACAGUAUAAAGAUUUAAUCCGUGAUCAAGACAAAAAAUUACAAGACUGGCAACGAAAGUAUAAUUUUUUGGAAAAGCAGUACGAUGAAGUAAAGGUGCAAGCAGAUGAGUUACGACAAACAAAUAUUCAGUUGAUAGAUCAGAACACACUUCUUAAGGCACAGUUAUCAACAGGAGCUUCGCAAGUUACUAAUACGGUGCAGACUGCUCCUGUUGAGCCACCACCUACAGCUGUGGCUGACGAUCAUGUUAUAUCAUUAGAGAGAAGACAAUCCAUGGAGAAUGCUCGAUUGAAACAAGUGGAAGAAGAACUGGCAGAAAAAACUGCAGAGUUGGAAAGCUACCGAAGAGACCAAGACGACCUUCUCGAGUUACUUACCGCACAAGACACGAGAAUGUGCAAAUUUAAGGAUCUGUUGAGACAAUUGGAUGCUUUACCCGACGAAGACGACAGUUCUUCAGAUGUUAGUGAUAAUGAAAACGAAAGUGGCCCAUAAACAAAGUAUGAGAAUUGUGUGCAUUGUGAUUCAAAGUUUUAAUUUGGACUCAAUUUAGCCAUUUUCCUUAAAUGUGUCUAAGUAGAUGAAGCGACAUGUUAGAUUCACAUUUAACCAUUAGCAACAGGUUAUUUUUAACGAGUAUACUUGCAACUAGUUUAACAAAGCCGUUUUUUGACGAAUGGAAAGCAAUUCGAUCGAAGACUUGGACCAUGAUCAGUACACCUCUAAAAUGUGUUGAAACAUUAUUGAUAAUCACAUCGAAAAUCUGCUUCCAAGCUAGGUCAAACGCCUCAUAACGAACGAGAUAAAUACGACUUUAGUUUUUUUAUGUUCUCCCGUGUAUCAGAUUAAAAUUUAUGUUGUGAGGAACAAAGUCAGAUUUUUUACAUAAAUACAGUGUGAACCAAAAAUUGAAAGAAAAUAAUUUCUGAUGAUGAAACAGAACUUUUUAUGAAUAAUAACUUUUUUUCGUAAAACAUAUUAAAAAGUGUUCCCACAUGGUGAGAACUUUGGUCCACAGUGUAUAAAUGUUAUAAUUUUUUACCCGGUUAAUUAAACCAUCAUGUAUUAUUGAUCUAAACGUAUUAUUUCUAAUUUGAAUAUUGCUGCAUACUAAAUUUAGCGCCACAAUCGGUAUUUAUAUAGGAAAUAGACAAAUAAUUCAGCUUAGUAUACAAAUUUUCAUUUUUUUUAAUAUACAUGUCUUGCAGUCACAAACGUUAGAGGCGAUACCUCACCAAAAAGUAACUUAUAUUAUACAUAUAUAAUUUGCGAAAGAAAAUCAGAAAAGCCAGAACUAAACCUUUUUUCGAAAAAUCUCCUGAUUGAACAUCAAAUUGAAAAAAAAUAUGUUUCUGUCACACGGUUGUGUCAUAUUGUUCUGUUACACGAUUAUUAUUUAUAUUUUUAAAUAUCUAAUGAAGGCAAUGACAAAUACAUUUUUAGUUGAAUGUUCUCCGUGUUUAAGUAAAGACAUUCGUAUCACCUUCAUAGCGGAGAUAAUGUCAUAUUUAAAGAUAAAUAUUACAUACUUUUUGAUUCAUUUUUUAAGUAUAGUUAUGUUAUUAUUCGAAACUAAUUUAAUAUAUUUCUUAUCACGAAUCUACACGUCUUUAUUUGAAAUGUUUUUCACCUGCAAGAAUAAGUGAGUCAACUUUAUUCAAGUUUUUAUUUGAAAAUAAGUCAAUUUUGAAUAUUUUUGGAUUAAAAUUAUAAUUUUCAUUAAAUAUGGACGUAUUUUGAGAUAAAGUAAGUCAAUAUUUUCAAUAUGAAUUGAAUUAAUUUAAGCACUUUAUUAUACUCGCGUGUACAGGCGAAAGCAAAAAAAUAUUUAUGUCCAAGAAAACACAUUUUAUUUUAUGAUUCAAAUGUUCACUACGCUGUUUAUAAUGUACACUGAAUAAUUCUAAUUAUAUUACCAUUUGGGUAGUGAUUUUUUAAUAAUCUUUGCUUACUCCCUCGGGAAUAAAACGUCUAAAUAUU